AUGGCUUCCAGGCGGCCUGUUCAGCGCCUUGCUGCGCAUCUUGCAUCUCCCUCUACACGCUUCUCCCAGAGUCAAUUCGCUUCUACGAGACGCUGGCUGUCUAGCUCUGCCGGUUCUCGAGCUUCCCGAACCGCUUCGUCCUCCAAUUACUCCUCGUUGUGGCUGGCCGCUGUCGCCCUUGGUGCCGUCGCCCCCCUCGCCUACAAGAUGGCUGAAACUGAAUCCCUCCGCCUCGAUCCAUCCACCCUCGCCGACCGCGAUGCUCAGCAGAAGCGCGAGUCGGGCGUUUCCGAGGACUCGCCCAUGCGCCUCCGUAUGGAAAAGUUCAUCAGGGAACAGCAGGCCCAGAUCGUCGCCGAGCUCGAGAGAGUCGACGGCAAGAAGUUCCGCAAGGAUGAGUGGGAGCGCCCCAACGGUGGAGGUGGUACUACAUGUGUCCUCCAGGAGGGCAACGUCUUCGAAAAGGCCGGCCUCGGUGUCAGCGUCGUCUAUGGCUCCCUGCCCAAGCCCGCCAUUGAGAAGAUGCGCGCCAACCACAAGACUCUCGACCCCAAUGUCGAGUCCCUCGACUUCUUCGCCGCCGGUCUGAGCAUGGUCCUUCACCCUUACAACCCCAUGGCCCCUACCGUCCACCUCAACUACCGAUACUUUGAGACGGCCAACCCCGACGGCACAUCACAGGCUUGGUGGUUCGGCGGCGGCAGCGAUCUUACCCCCUCGUACCUCUUUGACGAAGACGCCAUCCACUUCCACAAGACGCUCAAGGCGGCCUGCGACGCCCACGACAAGGACUACUACCCACGCUUCAAGAAGUGGUGCGACGAGUACUUCUUCAACAAGCACCGAGGCGAGGGCCGCGGCAUCGGCGGCAUCUUCUUCGACGACCUCGACGAGAGCGAGCGGGACCAGGAGAACACGUUCGCCUUUAUCCAGGACUGCCUCAAGUCCUUCCUCCCCUCGUACGUGCCCAUCAUCGAGAAGCGCAAGGACAUGCCCUUCAACGAGAAGGAGAAGGAGUGGCAGCAGCUGCGCCGGGGCAAGUACGUCGAGUUCAACCUGGUGCACGACCGCGGGACGGCGUUUGGCCUCAACACGCCCGGCUCCCGUGUCGAGAGCAUCCUCAUGAGCCUGCCGUUGACGGCGAGCUGGAAGUACAUGCACGAGCCCGAGCCCAAGAGCAGGGAGCAGCGCCUGGUGGAGGUUCUCCGUGAUCCCAAGGAGUGGGUUUAA